AUGCACAUACUCAAACUACCGUGGUUUGGACAUCGAACCGAAAACAAGAAGAUCGAAUGCUAUUCGGUAACCAUCAAUGCUGAUGGUACAAGGCUAGCAUCAGGUGGUUUGGACGGGAACGUCAAGAUAUGGGAUACAAACACUAUCCUACAAUUCGGUGCACUAAGCAAAGAACAGGGACAGCCUAGUCCCAAAAAGAAAAAGACCGAUCCAACCAUAGAGGACAUCAACCUUCCCGAUGUAUCCCUCCGCAGACCACUUUGCUCAAUGAGCAGACACAACGGUGUUGUUACCUCAGUAAAGUUUUCGCCAGACGGACGAUUUCUCGCAUCCGGCUCCGACGACAAGAUCUGCUUGAUCUGGGAGAAGGAAGAAGAGUUGCUGGGCCAAAAGCAAUUUGGAGAAGCGGAAGCUGAUCUCGAACACUGGACAGUACGGAAGAGAUUGGUUGCCCACGAUAAUGACAUCCAGGACAUAUGUUGGUCGCCAGAUGGGUUGCUUCUAGUGACAGUCGGGUUGGAUAGACUGAUCAUCAUCUGGAAUGGGCUUACCUUUGAGAGAAUCAAGCGUUACGACAUCCACCAGUCCAUGGUCAAGGGUAUUGUUUUUGACCCUGCCAACAAGUUUUUUGCUACUGCUUCCGAUGAUAGAACUGUUCGAAUCUUCCGUUACUACAAAAAGCUAAACGAAACAACAAGUUACGAAUUUCAAAUGGAGCAUAUUGUGGUGGAACCUUUCAGAAAGUCGCCAUUGACCUCGUAUUUCAGACGAAUGAGCUGGUCUCCUGAUGGUCAACACAUUGCUGUCCCCAAUGCAACCAACGGUCCUGUUUCUUCGGUUGCUGUGAUCAAUAGAGGUAAUUGGGCUGCUGACGUUUCAUUAAUUGGCCAUGAAGCCCCUUGUGAAAUCUGUGCAUUCUCUCCAAGGCUUUUUGAGUUGGGUGGGACUGGAAAGAAAUCCAAAGACAAGACAAAUUUCACAACAGUUUUGGCUACUGGUGGACAAGACAGAACCUUGGCAGUGUGGAGCACUGCCAAUAGCCGGCCUUUGGUGGUGGCACAAGAUAUUGUGGAUAAUUCUAUUACAGAUAUGUGUUGGUCACCCGAUGGGCAAACACUUUACUUUUGCUGUUUGGAUGGCUCAAUAACAUGUGUUAUGUUCGAAGCCAAUGAGUUAGGUGAGGUUGUCAGUGAGGAUAUCAUCGAUACUCAAUUGCAUAAAUAUGGAGGAGAUAGAGAAGCUGCCAUUUUCCCCGAGAGUGUUGAACAAUUGAUAUUAGAAGACAAGUCGGGUCUUGAGGAUAACUUAAUUUCGAGGCGGACAACAAAACCUGUUUCGUUGGAUGAUCGCAAAAAACUCCCUAUAGGAGAAGAGACUACACUUGAAAUGCCGAAAGUGAACAAUUUGACUCCCAAACAAUUGACUAAGAUGACCCAAAGUGUAACUAUAAAGAAUGGUAAAAAGAGAGUAGCACCAUUAUUGGUACAAGCAUCGACCAAAAAGGAGUCUAUACCGACCUCCGUUAUUAGUAAUAAGUUCAGAAAGGUACAGGUCAGCAAUAAGUUAUCUCAACCAUCAUAUUUACUUCCCAGGUUGGGGGUAAACUCUUCUGUACAUGGAAUUAAAUUGAAAAACGUCAAUAAUCAGCAUUCUAUCAAUGAGGAAAGUAAUAUGGACCAAGAUAACGAUAAUGAAGAUAUGGGUAUAGACGACUCAAACACUGCAAGUUUAAAUCAGAAUACAAUCUCAGAAGCAGCAUUAAAACGUCAAAGGAACAAAUUGAAGCGCUCAUUAAUGGAGUCUAAAUAUCCAUCUUGUUUCAAACAAAUUUCGAAUCUUCCUGAAUCCUUAUUCAGCAACCAAUCACUUCUUAACAGCGAAAUAAGCCAGUUGUUGAACAACUUGUCUAACUCGAAAGAUAUUCAGCCAGAAACGACUAAUUUGACAUCCAUCGAUGUGGAUGAGGACUUACUUUUCUCUGUAAUUGUUCACGGAGUGGAACAUACACAGGUUUCAAACCCAAUAAUAAGUGAAUCAAAUUCUUCAUACAAAACAAUUACAACUAUUGAGGUCAGAAAUGGUCAAGGUUGGUCGGUUCUUGAAGAUGAAUUGAAUCAGAAUGAGAGUAAAGACUUCAAUGACGCAACGAGAGUGAUUAUAUCCAACAAUAGCAAAGAGCUGGCCAGGAAGUAUGUUCUCUUUUUUCCUUACAAGAUCCAGCACUCCUUGCCUGUCGUGCUGAAUGGUAUCUUGAAAUAUUUUGUAUUAGCCUCAUUCAAAGGUACCAUACAAAUUGUUUCAGCAGAUACCGGAAGAUUUUUAUGUCCAAGCUUUGAGCUUGGUGAGAAUAUACUUUAUUUGAAACACAGAAGUGGAUUCUUGUUGAUAUUGACCAGCUCUGGUUUGAUUUAUAGUUGGAAGUUGGGAUGUGAGCAACGAGGAUUGAAGGGGGUUCUUAAUAAGGUCUCGAUUGCUCCGGUGUUGAACUGCGUGGAGAUCAAUUCUGUACUGCUGCAAGAUGGCUCCAGCGAGUCUAAGAAAGCAGCUACAAUUUUAUUGCCAAACCUAAAGGCAAUCGAUGUCAAUCCCAAGGAUGGUUCCCCACUAGUUGUACUUGACUCUUCUGGUAACCUCUACAAUUAUUCCAUUGAUUUGGGUACUUGGACAAAGGUCAUCGACUCUUGGUACUACCUAUCAGUGGAAGAAAAGGAGUUGCAUGACUCCAGAAUGACCCAGCCAUUGGAACAAUUGAUUUCCAAGACAUACAACGAGUUUAUCGAGGAUAUCAAGAAAUCCAAAAUCAACUGGUACAAAUUUGAUGCCAAGUCCAACGAUUUGAAAACGGUUAUGCGUGAAAGAUUUCAAGAAGUCUUGGAUUUGCAUUUAUAG